AUGCAUUUGCAAAGGGCAUUACCAGCGGCAUGCCUAUUGGCAUGCCUAUUGGCAUUGCCCCAUUCGAUACAAGCCAAGAGGCUCUGCGGCGCCAACAUCAUAAACUUGGCAGGUGGCCAAGACCAAAAGUCGCAGGAUAUUAUCAUCCAGGAUAAUAAAAUCGUGGGCAUCGAGGAUGCAUCAAAUGCUCCGUGCAACGCCGAGGACGACUUUCCUGCCACGGACAUGUUCUGUAUGCCGGGCCUCGUCGAGAAUCACGCCCACCUAUGCUUUAGCGACGAUCCGGCGCAAUGUAUGGAUUCCAUGAAGUCGGUGCUUUUGGCACUGAUAUCCAACGGCGUGACGAGUGUCCAAGACCUCGGCAGCAAUUGCAAUGCUGUCAAGCAGGCAAAGGACGACAUAGAAAAAAAUGGACUCCCGUUACCACGAAUACAUACAACGUGCGAGAUGCUCGACGGCAAGAAUUCGCUAUUCCUGAAAGACGGCAAGAAAACAGGCCCUAUACAAGUAUUGGAGGAUCCUGCACUGGCGGAAACGGCGGUACGGAACCUCGUUCAACAAGACGUCAACAAAAUAAAGGUUCACCUAGCUCUGAGUCGGCCAGUCUUUCAACGGGUAUCUGAAGUUUGCAGACGUUUCAAUAUCCAGGUCGGGGGGCACGUCCCUGACAGUAUGACGGCAUCACAGGCCCUGGACGACGGCAUGAACUUUAUCGAGCAUAAGAGUGCCAUCAACUUUACCGAUCAAGAUGUCGUCGACAAGAUCGGGAAGAAAGGACUAUCUGUGUCUUGCACGCUCAUUCAAAGCCCAACACCAGAAAACCUCAAACUUUGCAACGACCUAAGAAUAGCCAAAGCCAAUGUCCUCUGUGGCACUGACACGCCAGCCGGUAAAGGCCUCUGUCCGGAUGGUGCCACCCAUAAGGAACUCCAGCUUCUGGUCAAGGCUGGCUUUGACCCGCGGCAGGCGCUCCAGACGGCGACAACUAAUGGGUACAAGUCCUUGAAUACGGGUUCCGAGUUCGGGAUUGAGCGUGGAAAGACGGCGGAUAUGGUCUGUCUGACGGCGAACCCGGCUAAGGAUAUCCGCAACAUGGAUAGGAAAAAUAUCGGUUAUGUCGUUAUAAACGGCCAGGUUCUUGACAGUGGUAAGCUUAACCAGAUGCUUCAAUCCGCCGACGUGAAGAACAAGCUAGCAUUUGCGUGCGGUGGCGACAUCAGGAAAGCUUCCUUACAGUCCAGGGCUACGUGUUGUUCACAUUAG